ACUGAUCAAUAUAGCAAGAAGUUUUCAAUCUCUCGUUUCUUAAUUCCGAUUUUCUCAAGUGGCUGGUUAAGAUUUAAUUGCAAUUCGUGUUUUGUUGUUUAUUUUACACAACAAAGAGUAAAUUGUGAAGCUUGUUUUAAGCGCAUCUGUGUGGUGACGUGAUGGUGUCUUGCAAAGCAUUGAGCUCAGUAAUGUCGUAAUUGGAUCCCUCACGACCUGUGUUUACCCUGUAUGUGGUUUGUUGAUUCAUCAUAAAUUCAAUCGCCAUACAGUGUCCGGAGAUAAGCUCACUCACACUUGGCGAUCUGAAAUGAAGGAUUAGCGACGCCGUUUCGGACAAAAUCCACCAAUAAACAAGCAGCUCUAACUACUGAUAUCGUGUUACCCCACUAAACCAAUUACCCUGCUUAGCCUAAACGUAGACGCAAAUUAUGGCAACGCUAGAGAAGUCCAAAACAAAGCAGAGGAAACCCAAACUCAAACCACUGGUUCUGCCUGACGUUCCGAUCGAUGACCUUGAGGAAGAGGAUGCAGACAGUGGUGAACCGGUGGUGGACAUCGAUUUCCCCAGUACGUCCACCUCGGAGGAAGCUCCUCCAGUCGCAGCGCAAGUGGACGAGAUGAAAGAUGUCGAACCGGAAGAUGAAGAAUACAGUUUGAUCGACAGUGAAAAGGUAGUGCCAUCGCUGGAAGCGACGGCACCGUCAGCACCACCAAUGCUGGACGAUAGUGAACCGGCGAUGGAAGUCGUUGUUUCGAGUCUAGAGGUGAAACAUGAAACGAUGGAAGUGGGAUCGUUGUAUCCGAACCUUCAGGAGAUGAGGAUUAAGGAAACUGCUCCCGAGGAGGUGAUUCGGUUUCCCGUGGAAGCGAUGAAACCGUUGACGCGGCAACAGUUGGCUCAGCUCUACCGGGUCGACGGCGAAAUGGGCCUGGCGGAGGCUUUCGAGAGGGAAUUUCUCACGAGGGAACUGGAUGAGAACGACCAGUGCAUGAAUCAUCCACUGUAUCAACUUUUGCAGCGGUACGCGAAAGCUCGAGCCGACUUGAGCUUGAACGUGUUGGAGUUCGAAGCGUUGCGGCGCAAGUGCAAAGUGCUGGCGAAUGAGCUGUGGACGAUGCGGGAGCAAACGUUCACCGGGACGGAUACCUGCGGUGAUGGGAAGGUGCUGCGGGCGAGCUACCAGGGGAGCGUCGCCAACCUUCAGGAAUCCACCCUGUCCGAAUUAAGCUCCACCCUGAAGGAGCUCAUGAAACAGUCCUGCUUCCAAUGCAACCAGUGCACCUACGAAGUCGACGCCACCCGUAUCAAAAUCGAGCAGAAAGUCUACGAAACCCUUAACAUUCAUCCGCUUCUAACUAAUCUCCCGGUGAACGCUCCGGUCAUCCUGAACCCGACCUUCGACCCCACCCAACUGGCCACAGCCAUAGGCGAACUUCGCCUCUGCAUAUCGAUCCUGUUCAGUUUCCUCCGGAAGGGCAUAACCGACAAGCGCUUCCUAAAAGACGUCCGCUGCUGGACCGUCAAGCUGGUCGCCACCCAGCUACGGAUUGCUACUGUGCAUGAUCAUCUCUUUGUUCUGUUCCACGUUCUACGGAGCCCCAGUGGGAUAGCCAGUUGGGCUACCUCUCUGGUCCAACUUCCCGUAACGGGAGACCUAAGCUGGGGCGGUGCAGAAUUCCAACACGUCCUAGUGGUGAUGGCCUGUCUGCUGUUGCCGAUCAAGAACCGGAACGAGUUUCUCGAAAAGCUCAAACUAGAUAUGAACCGUUCGAUCGACGUGGUCCAGGAGGAAAUGUGGGCGAUCGUGGAUAGCGAUGGGGAAGAUUGUUCCGGAUCGGAUUCGAUUUCCGAACUGAAGGAGGGCGAUCUGGUGGCAUUGAUCGAUCAGGUUCCCUUUGGAGAGAUUUUCCGUGCGAUCACUCUAAUAGACCGGAAACUUGACGGCACGUUGCGGAUAAACGAGGAAGCGAUCCGAGGGUCUCUUCUGCUCAAGGCGAUCGCAUUCGGAACAGUUUUCGUGGAAUUGUUGGGUAAUGGCCUGGUUACUUACGAUGCGGAUCGCUAUCGACAGUUCGCUAAGAGAUUGGCUCGACUGAUCAAGCAUACUGUAUUCUAUGUGAGCGACCUAUAUCGGAUACUGCUGGAACGGACGAGGAGUGCCCAUGUGGUGGUUGAUCCGUACGAAAGCACGCGGAUCCACCUGGAGAUGGAUGUGUUUGUAGUGCGGUCGGCACAGUACAUCUACCGAUCGCGGAAAAUCGGCACCUGGCAGUACUUGACAGGGUUCCCUUUCGAUCAACUGAGCUUGAAUGCACUGUGGAAACUGUACUACUGUUUGCAUCUGGAUGAAUUCAACGAAGACUCGAUCACAGCCGUAGAUAAGGACUUCCGUGCGCUGUGCGUCGGUGAAGAUCAACGAGAGAAGGUUCGAAGCGGUUUGUUGGGGAUGCCUUCGGAGGAUCUGUACUACCUGCUGCAGGUGUUCUCCAACAUGGCACUCGCUAGGGAAAUAUCUGACAUCGACUUCAUUCAGACGGUUGCUCUGAAUCUAUUUGACAUCGGUUACCUCAAUGAAUAUACCAAGGACUUCUGCUACAAAGCGGUCAAAGAUCUGCUGUUCAACAUCGUGUUCAAGUAUCCAUCGUUGGUUUCGAAUCUUCUUCAAUCGCUCAAGCAGGACGUCGCCCAUGCGGACCUCUCGGCGUUGUAUAUCUUCAAGGCUCUUCCGCUGGAUCGCUGGCGUCCGCAGUGGGAAGAUUUCGAGCUGCUCGCCAACUGGAUCCUAAACUAUGGCUUCGACGCGAUCCAGAGUUCGACGGCGAGAAUAAUCCUCAUUCAUCUGAACUACAAUUUUGAUACAAACAACGAGCUGUUCCUACCCCACGACAUCCACGUCCGUAUUGCGUGCCUGGUUACCGAGGUUUACAGCAAACACGUGCCAGAGAUCCUAGGAAAUUCACAAGGCUUGGCCGCCUCGGUGAGCAGUCUGGUGAAGGGCAAAGCAGCGCAAGAGCAAUUUCUAGCCUGGUGUUGGAACAUGGUCAGCCUUUUGCGACUUCACUGCAUGGACCAGAGUUCCGAGAUCGUCAACGGUAUGAUCAAGAACCCCGCCCUAAUCCUGAGGCACGUUCUCGAAUUGGAACGAGCUCAGCAGAUCUACCAAGGCGUUACCGAAAAUCGGCCAUUGGCAGUCUAUCUAGCGAUCCUCAUCAGCACAUGGGGCCAUUCGGUACCGCAGAUCUGUCACAAAGGUUUCGAACAGAUCCGACUGCUGCUAAACGAUCACCGCUACACGGUAGUCGUUCGAUGUUUGCAACUUAUUACCCCCCUAUUCCUGGAAUGCCCCGACAGCCUGAGUCGUUGUGAAGCUUUCAAAUCGAUCCUAAUCAGCUUGAUCGCGGCAAACAAGUACUAUGCACGAUUCACCAAGGACCAAUUUCGACCUGAGACGAACGCUCCCGUAACGGAGAUGCUGAAAUGUAUGAUCCUCUCGCAAAUCACCAACUACGUACAGUACGGGCUAGCUUCACCCACUUUGCUGAUCAACAUCUGGUUGCAGUGCCUAACCGAGUUACCGAAUUGGACAAAAGACCCAUCAAUAUUGCGACUGCUGGACGCCAUGAUCGGAGUCGCCUAUCAGUUUCCCGAUGCGUGGCAUUCGAUGAAGGAGUUCUUCCGGCCUUACUAUUCCCGCUUCGAAGACAUCAAGACAUCCAAACCCUCAGGAUUGCUCAACCUGCUCGCUGCAAAUCCAUCCGACCUGUUCAACUUCCCAUCCCCUGUGACCGUAUUCCUAUCGAUCUUCACCCUGGAAUUAGAGUACGAAAUCACCGAAAUCCAAACCCGCAUCUGGCACGAAGUCCUCCGAGCGAUCGGACUUCCUAGCUCUCCUCAGCUCUCGCUCGAUACGGCCAUUAAAAAAUCCUGCUCGAUCCUAGGCUAUCCCUCGUUCCCACCUGCAUCACUGACUGUCUUCAAACUCGCCAACCUGGUAGCGAACUGCACCAUCAAAAACUUCAUGUAUCCGAUAGUCUGCCAACUGUUCUUCACCAUAUACCUUUCACGAAUCCCGCUCGCCCAGGACGAAGAACGAUUCGCCAAUUGCUUCGGCGUUGCCGAUCGUCUCUACGAGUACAACCUCGGCCUGAUGAAGCGUAUCAAGAAGCAGCUCUAUGACGCGGAAUGUUACUACAACUCAACAUCCGUCAGCGAGACGGACGAACGACAACGCUCCUUCUACAACCAUUGCACGCGGUUGUUCAAAACCUUCCAGCUGUGGUUGGAAGACACUCACCUAAAUCGAAUUCAAAUCCAGUCCAUCGACCUUCCCCCACAGUUCGACUGUCACCGGUUGGCUUCGAUUUUCCGAGGCAACCGUGACCACUGGACGGACUUCAUCGAUUUUCGAGGCAUUCGCUCAGACCAUCGUGAACUCGCAGAUGGCUGGCAAAAGCUCUGUUACCGAUACAAACCCGUAGUCUCCGCGGUCGUAACAAACUCUCCAGCCCGUUCGCUCGCAUCCAGCCAAAGUAUAACCGAUCUUCAGGACGUCAAGCAAUCCAUGUUCAAACGUCUCGAAGCUUACGACGCCCCGGCAUCUCCUCCACCCUUGGUCAAAUCAACUCCCCACAUAUCCCCGGCCAAUUUCACCUCACAAUCGUCCAGCUCAUUGAUUUCCGCGCUCAAAUCCGACUUCUCCCUCCUGGACUCGUAUGCCCGCAAGGAAUUUCACGUCAUGUACAAUGAACACAUGCUGCUCGACUCGUGCUACCUGGAACAGGUUCCGAAGCUCUACAUCACCGAAGACAAGGUCCUGUACAAGGACGUCACCUGCUCGAGCGGUUGCAGCGAAUCCAUAAAGGUCCAAGUUCGAUACAAGGUGUCCAAGCUGGACAAGAACCUGAGUGCUCUGCUUGCGGAGAACCGAUCAGUUCACGAUGCUCUGCUUCAGCGGGAAAGCAAACUACCGGAUCGGGUCGUGAUGGCUUCCGUACGGAUCGACGCCUUCCUGCGGCAGAUCGUCGAUGGUUACCGGGAGUGGAAGCUGAGUGGAGAGGUGAACAUUUGUGGGAAGCUGAACAAGGUGGGUUCGACGUUGUUCUACGAAUUCGUGAAUAAGAUGAAUGACUACAAUCAACUGUGUCCGCUGACGAAGGAGGUCUGCUCGAUGGGGAUCAGCCAGCUUGGGUUUUUCAUGCAGGAGAACCAAAACGUGGAAGGUAUCAAGCUGCUGAGUAUCGCUUUGAAACGGCCGGAUAUGAUUAACCUGAUUUCCGAACUGCUCGUUCCGGCUAGCUGUCCGUCGCAGUACUUCCUGCGGAUGUAUGAGUUUGUGAUCGAUUCGCACAUCAAACACCAUGACACGCAGGUUCUGUUCGUGAUGCUGUCCAAGUUCGACAUCGUUAGCUGGAUGAAUCGCCACAGACCCAAGCUGGUGGACAUCAAUCGUCUGGUGGAGUUGAUCCUCCGGGGAUUAGAAGGUUGGAAUCAGAAUAAUGCAGUGCUAAUUCAGGACGUGAGUAGACCUCCCCAGACCACUUCCUCCAAUCUAGUUCAAGCAAGUCUAACCGGCAUUCAACAGCUUCUCCAACGGCAUCUGAUGCAUCUGUUCGAGUACGACUUUCCGGAAUACUACGGAGACAUUCUGCAAAUGAGCUUGGCAGCCUGUUCGCGCAAGAAGAUCAUGCCACAGGUUCUGCUGGAUCUAAUUAAUUCAAUGCGACGACGGGUCGGAUGUCAACCGAUGGCAUUCGGAAUGGGACUUGUGGCAAUCAAGGAAGACUUCCGCAGCUUUGCCACCAAACAGAGCAUCCUGUCCUACAAAGAUUUAAUCGAUACGACGGUACUGCUGACGCAGCACUUUCAACAGGAACGACUGAAUCACGGCCUGCACGGACUCUACCCGAUGCACAGCGAUUACUGCGAGGUGUUGUCCCUAUUGCUAGGUUCGGUGGGACAUGCGGCAGUCGUUGCAGCAGUUCACACCUAUCCGGGAGUACUAGCUGAUGAACUGAUCACCUGGCUGUGGCCAUCCCUGUGUGAUAUGUUCUCCCCUUGGCUAACACCGUACUUCCCGCAGAACAUGAAAGGUCAACAACAGGUAGCUAACUGGAUCCAGCAGGUCGCCAGCGAUAGCUCGAUGCUUCCUCCGUGGAGCGAACUGCACGCCGAUACGGCGUUCCGCAUGGUCAAGGUGUUCGAACACUGUCUUCAGUUUCAGUUGGACACAUUCCCUGCCAGUAGUGCCCUCCUGGGCCACCUAUUCUACUGGUAUGAACUGAAUUUUGCCCAUCCGGCUCUGCCGCGGUAUGUAGCCAUUCCCAUUCACACGAACCUCAUGAAUCUGGCGUGGGAUCGCUUCCGGCCGGCUCCGGUUCACAUCACCGGAUUCAGCCGCAUCCUGCAGCAGUUCAUCCCCGAAGCACACAUGUUUGUCGGACACAUCUUCAUCCGCAUCGCAUGGACUCCCUGGCUGCAGCAGAACAUCAAAUCCUGGGACUAUCAGCUGCGCUACCAAAUGCUCUCCGCUAUGCUGAUGAUUUUUAUCAAGAUAUCCUACGAACCAAAGGCCCGGGAGGGCCUCAGGAUCGUUACUCUGCUACAGGAAGCUUGCGAUUACCCAUGGCACAUGCUGGAAUAUCAGGGAGUAGAAGCAGUACUGGAUUGGUUCGUCCUUUCGGCUGAACCGUCCGUCGUUCUCAAAAUGCCUUCCGAAAGGGAGGUCGUGGACAGCGCCGUUCUGGAUCUGCUGCAGGUGGCUUCUUCGAUGAAGUUCAAUCCGGGUAAUCCUCUGGAAUCAACGGCGCUGCAGUCGCAGGUUCAAGCCAAGCGAAUUCUGUACGUCCGCACGACGGUGCGGUUGCUGAACGCUUGCGGUGCCAAGUAUCAGAAGCUGCUGGGAACGAAGCAAGGAGUGCAAGCCUUCCACAAUGCUGUGCUGGGGUUAUUCAACAUCGUGGAGACGGUGCUGUUGCAGAUAAGAGCCGUCAAGGAUCGGGAAUUUGAAGCGAAAAACCUGAUGGGAGAGAUGAUCGUUUCGCUGCAGUCGCAGGGUGAAUACACUUCCAAGCUGUUCAUCGAAGCAAUUGUGCUGUGGACGGAGAAUUGUCGCACCAGCGACAGCUACAUCGUUCCAUCCGUAUUGGAUGCCGCCGGGAUGUGCAAGAGCUUCACCUGCAAUCUGUACCUGCUGCUGGAGGAAAUGCUGUUUCACUAUUUUGGCAAAUCUUGGAACGGGCAGGUAUUGGAUGGAGGUGACCCGAUGCUGGAUGCAUCCUGGACGAAGGCGUUGCACAAGAUCGGAUUGCGAACGGUGAAGGGUUUUGACGAGGAAAUGCUGGCGAAGAAUCGGUACCUGCUGGCUUUGCAUUUGUUGACGGUGCAGCGGUUGCAGGAGGCGUCCGGUAGUGGCGAGCGGAUUUUGGUUCUGCAGAAGCUGUUCAGGUUGCUGGAGGAGCUGAAAGUGAGCGAGCAAAUCGAAUCCAAGCUGAUCCUGCUGUGGAGCCUGAUGGUGGUGGUCGGCGUCGAAAUCAUGAAAACCUCAUCAAGCAGUCAAAAUCACCUGCUAACACUGGCCCGCUAUCUGCAGACCUGUUCCAAGGAAUCCGAGGGCUGGGGCGAAGGCCUGCUCGGUGCCAUAGGCAUCCGGAAGGAUGGUAUCAGCAUUCGCCGGAAGGUGAUUGCCAAAUGUCUUUCGUGCAUCGUGUUUCUGCUCUUCGGCGAAGAUUCCGGAGAGGCACUGGAAGCGACGGAAAGUGGCCCUCCGUCGAUCGAUAGCACCAAUUGCUGCAAGGAAUAUGCCCAGGCCAUGGGGGAUCUGAAGCAGACAUUGGCCAACAAGCGAUACAGUGAAAUGCACAUCAAAACGAAGGCAGCGAUCAAUCUGAUCGAACAUACGGUGAUGGUUGCCAACAUUGGUGAAAAUGUUUGCAAAAUCAUUCGACUGUUUUGUGACGAGCACUUUUUCCACUCGGUUGAGGACGUCUGGCGGUGUUAGAUAAGGCACGUUUUUAAGAAUCAAGGGAAUUUCUCAAAUGUUAAACGCAUCCGACAGUUUUAAGUAGCUGAAAAAUAUGUAGCUAGCUUUAUUCGCAAUAUAAAACAUAACGAUUGGCUUUGUUCGGCUGUGACCUGUC